AUGAUUGCCUUUAAAUAUGAAGGUGCUACAGAAUCCUCAUUGCCCAAGACUGGUGGCGCAAAAUCCUCCUUGCACAUGACUCCAAACAUUGAAGAUGAAGCUGAUCUUCCCUCCAACAAUUGGUCCAACCAAGAUGCACUGCAAGAACUAUCCUCUUUCAAAAGCAUGAAAGUUUCAGAUGUAUCAGAACUGAUGGAAGUAACAGGGCUACAUAGCCUUGAAAUUGAAGGAUGUGAUGCUCUGGAGUUCAUACCUGAAGAAGUGAUGGGCAGAAACCGUUUGCUACAACAUUUAUAUAUCAUUAAUUGUUGCUCUCUCGAGUCCAUUCCUCAGGGCCAUCUACCUACUGUCUUGAAAAUUCUUUAUAUUCAAAACUGCAAGAAAUUUAAGUUUCUCCCAUGUGUAGAGAUGACUCAAGAGUUUGAACUUGAACAUUUGUGUAUGGGGAGUAGCUGUGAUUCCAUGAUACACCUCCCAUUACAAUCGUUUCCGAGUCUUAGAAGUCUUUCUAUCUGGAAUUGUGCAAAUCUGGAAUCCCUUUCAAUGCCAGAAGAAAGUCAGCCAAAGCUCACAUCUUUUGAUGCCUUAGAGAUCAAGGAUUGUCCAAAGCUGGUAUCUUUUCCAGAAGGAGGAUUGCCUACUCCCAACCUGACGUCCAUUUGGUUCUCCAAUUGCAAGAAUCUUGAGAAACUGCCUAAUCAGAUGCACACCCUUGGUUCUCUGCAGUCAUUGUCAAUAAAUAAUUGCCCAGAACUUGCAGCUUCAUCACCUUAG